AUGGAUAUGGGUAGCCCGAACAACGCCUUAAAUGGCGCACGGGAAACAGACUCACCAUCAAAACAACUCACGCCUUUCUCAUGUGUGGUUUGUCACAAGCGAAAGGUCAAAUGUGAUAGGCAAGAGCCAUGCUCCAAUUGCGCAAAGGCGAAUGUGGAGUGUGUUUACCGUGCUCCUCCGCCGCGCCGCAAAAGGGGGUUGGAGGCGAACGGGAGCGUGUCGCAAGAACGCGCAAAGUCCGUCAGACGCGAUGCAAUACCUGCCAGGGGUUCUAGUAUUGUUCCUCAAAGACCACCAACAAGGGAAGAGCGCCGAGAUCCGAGGGAAAGUGGAUCUGGCAGGAUGAUCAUGAAAGACGGCAAUUCCAUCUACUUGGAUAACAAUUUGUGGACGAGUGUGAGCAACGAGCUUCCCAACGCAGCAGAUGUUUUGGGAGAUGUAUCGGAUACAGGCACAGAGAAUCCUGCUCAAGAUAUGGACGACGAGUAUACCAUACUAUCUCCUACCACAGCGAAAAAAUCUCUCGCCGAACUCCACCCGAGCCCGUUGCAUAUCUUCAAGUUAUGGCAAGCGUUCCUCGAGAAUGUGAACCCACUCACUAAAGUCAUCCAUGUACCUACGGUGCAACAGCAAAUCUUGGAAGCCAUGAGUGACUUACCAAAAGCCAGCAAGGAACUCGAGACACUGAUGUUUGCGAUAUACUGUAUCGCCUUAGUUUCCAUGGAGCCUGGGGAUGUUGAGAGAUCAUUUGGAGAAAGCAAAAGAACACUCCUAUCAAGAUACAAGCAAGGAGCACAGCUGGCUUUUAAGAACGCAUCACUUCUUCGAACGUCAAGCUUAACGGUACUUCAAGCGUUCAUGUUGUAUUUGCUGUGCAUGCGCUCAUUUUCUGAUCCACAUACUAUCUGGACCCUUUGUGGGAUUGCCACACGCAUUGCGCAGCGGAUCGGAGUCCACCGCGAUGGUUCCAACCAUGGUCUCUCAGUCUUCGAAACAGAAAUGCGUCGCCGCGUUUGGUUUCAGCUCAUGAUAAUAGAUGUCACUUCUGCUCAAUCUUGUGGCGUUGCUUCAAGUCUACUCCCAGCUUCCAUUGACGUCCAACCACCAAUGAAUGCAAACGACAGUGAUCUCGACCCUCGAAUGACAGAGCCGGCUUGCGAAAAGCAAGGACCAACAGAAAUGAUCUUCGUUUUGGCUCGAAGUGGGCUUGGACAAUGGCUUCGUCGUUUGUCAACGAAUGUUUCGGGUUCCAACACUGGUCCAUGGGCAAAUUUGUCGUCUUCAUCAAUGCCUUUGGAAGAAAAGGAUAAGGUGAUUGACCAGCUUGAGGAAUUCAUGGAAAAGGAGUUCCUUCGUUAUUGCGACAAAUCCAUUCCGCUCCACAUGCAGACAAGACUGAUGGUGCGUUCGGCUGUACAUUACACUCGGCUGAUGGCACACCACCCUCGACAAUAUCAAGAUCAGAAAAUUCGACUUUCCCCGUCAGAGAAGAAUAUCAUCUUUGAAAGCGCCCUCAAGAUGACCAAAUACGCCGAUCAUGCGCAAAACAACCCGGUUGUUCGACGAUUCUCGUGGCACACUGUGAAUCACAUGCCAUGGGACGCCAUGAUAUUCAUGCUCUCGGAACUGCGGCAUCGGACGAAUCCAGAAGAGAAAAGCACAGUAUGGCAGUUGAUCGGGAAUGUGUAUUCCGAACAUGUACUUGAGGCGGGCGACAGAGCCUCCACGCCUCUUCACACGGCCAUCGAAAGCUUGAUCGUCAAGGCAUGGCGGGCUUACAUUGGAGAGUGCAGCCUGAAACGCUGUGCACCUACAUCUUGCCCUAACAUCGUUGCUUCUUUAUUAGCGAAUAGACCGGGUUUACCUGACCCGCAGACCACUGAAAGAGCAGUUGAAGUUGAACGUGACACGGAGCCACAUGCGCAACCCGGUUAUGAUUUUGCCACUUCGCAUUAUGAUGGCGAGCCAGAGAAUCUCCAUUUCAUGACUGGCGACAGCCCAGUGGAUUGGAAUGAAUGGGAUAAUCUGCUGAACCAAUUCCAAAGCUCGUUGGUAGAUGAUGCAACGUAUUUGGGCUGA